AAAUUAGUCUAUGAACUACCACCACCUGGCCUCUUAAUUAGACUUCCUUUAAAAAUCAAUGGAUUUCAUUAAACAUCUGAGUUUUCCCAUUCAUGCCACACUGUGCAAAUCUCCUGAGCAGUUUUUACAAUCUUCAUAAAUCCUGACACAGUCAAUCACUACAAAAGCCACAUUUGAUUGCAUUAAGACAUGCUUCACAUUCCUCCACACUUCUGCAGCAUAACCUACACAGCAAAGAUUUAUGUUCCUACAACUGAUACAACUGUAGCCUACCACUAAGGUAAAACUGAUUCAACCACCUAAACUAUAUAUUUUCUGAAAGCAUACACUCUAGAUUCUAGGGGGUAUAUAUGCUUAGAUGUGAUGUAACAUGAAUAGAGACAAUUAGAGUCUCAAAAUGUGUUCUUCAAAAAGUUAAGUGUAGCCCAUUCAAGUCCAUGUGUUGACGUGAUGGCUCGUGCGCGUCUAAAAAAAAUGGAAGUAGGCUAAAAUAAACGAAGUCGUUGUGAAUACAACUUUCUACUCAGUUUACGGAGCGUUCUGCCAGCAAGCCAGCAACGAGCUGGUUGUUUUGCAACAUAUCAGAGGGCUUAAGCACGACAGUCCCAGAGGCUGGGGGGCAGUAUCGUACAGUGUUCAUCUGACAACUGUUAACGCCCACCCUCUGGGUAGCAGACUAAGAACGAAACGGGCGCGACAUUUCAAUAUCAUUUGACCUCGUUCGUUCACAUUUUGUAUAACGUUAGCACGAGCCGGACGCUGUGUUGGUGUGCAUGCAGCAGAAUGGGGCUGGCGAGACAUCUAACGGAGAACCAUCGGCGCUCUCCUUUCGAACACCUAGCCCGCUCCCCAUGGCUACAUCACGGGUAAGACGGUUUGCUCAGGAGGGGCGAGCGGUCCCUCAGCCAAGAGUGAUGGUGGUAUUUUCUCCGGCGAGCGAGACUGAUAACCAAGAGGAUGCUGCUAUGUCGAACACAGAGUGCGAGGGCGAUGAAUACAGAAAACCAGCCAUAACCGCACCUAGUCUGAACCUGGGCAAACCUCUUCGCACAUUCAGCCCAGCACAGGAGUUUCCUGAGGUCGUCCCUCUAAAUGUGGGUGGUACACACUUUACCACUCGCCUGUCCACCCUGCAGCGUUACGAGGACACCAUGCUGGCUGCAAUGUUCAGUGGACGACAUCACAUCCCGCGUGAUGCCGAGGGCCGCUUCUUUAUUGACCGGGAUGGGAAAUAUUUUGGGGAUAUUCUCAAUUUCCUGAGAGAGGGGGAGUUACCAAAAAGAGACAGAGUUCGCGCUGUGUAUAGAGAGGCCCAGUACUAUGCCCUCGGACCACUGUUGGAGAGCCUAGAGGAUAUUCAGCCGCUCACUGGGGAGAAGGUCCGCCAGGCCUUCCUUGACCUCCUGCCUUACUACAGAGAGAACCUGGAGCGCAUAGUGGAGAUUGCCAAAUUGCGUGCCAUGCAGAGGAAGGCUCGUUUCGCCAAGCUCAAGGUAUGCGUCUACAAGGAGGAAAUGCCCAUCACCCCAUACGAGCGACCACUCUUCAACUCGCUGCGGUUCGAGCGCACGGAGAGCGAGGCCAAGCUCUUCGAGCACCACUGCGAGGUGGACGUGUCGUUCGGGCCGUGGGAGGCCGUGGCCGAUGUCUACGACCUGCUCCACUGCAUCGUCAGUGACCUGGGCGAGAGGGGCAUCACCGUGGACCAGCAGUGCAUCGGCGUGUGUGACAAGCACCUCAUCAACCACUACUACUGCAAGAGGCCUAUCUACGAAUUCAAGAUCACUUGGUGGUGAGAGAGAGGUUGAGGAGGGGAACUUGGAUCUUUACUCUUGUGGCUUUAGGUGUGCCUCUAUAAGCAGGACGUCAUCAGGGUCUGCACGCCCUCUGGACUCUGUGCAAGGAAUUCUAGUAGCGCUACGCUUUAAGAGAGGAGCUGGCUGACCUGUUUGUAUCUCCUCAUUAUUUAGUCUUUUAAAUGGCAAUAGCAAGCUUCCUUUUUCCCUGGAGGAGUUGGGACAUUAGUAACAUUGUGUUUGGAAGCCCCUACAGUUUCAUCUAUCUUACUGUUUUCUGUUUGAUCUUUAAAACGGUGUUUUUAUCUUCCUCCAUGUAUUGUGGAUUACAAUGGUCAUCUGAAAGUCUGUGAUUGUGAAAUGGUAUCGUGUUAACUGAAGAUGACUUUCUGAUCUGAUACAUGUCUAUAUUGUGCAAUCUAUAAAAUUAGUAGAGAAAUCAUUCCUAACUGGAUGCAAUCAAGAAAACUGGUUAAUUGUGUUUAUGUACAUUUAUAUUUUUGUAACCUGUUCUAUAUAUUAAUUUUGAGAUGAACGUCAUGCUAGAACUAUAAACCACUUUGCUCAGUCUUUCUGUGCUAAGUGCAGUUAAAGGUAUUUUCACAUUUCGCCAAUUUCAGGGAAAAUACAUACUGGUAUUAAAUAAUUGAAAAUACUGAAAUAUUGAGGGCUUUAAAAUGAAUUGUAUCCAUGGAUAGUAGAAUUAUAAUUUAAUUUCUCCCUGAACUCUGUUCUACCUCUAAAAUGUAUGGGACAAGAAAGAAUUAAGAGAUAAAUACCCCCCCCAUAUAUCACUCCAUUGCAUCAAUUUGCAAUAUAUACUACCGGUCAAAAGUUUGGGGUCACUUAGAAAUUUCCAUUCCAGUCCAUUAUAGACAGAAUACCAGCU